AUGUCGAAGCAAUUUGUCAGGUCUGCGAAAAAUUUAGUGAAAGGGUACUCCUCUACCCAAGUGUUGGUAAGAAAUGCGACGUCAAACGACAACCAUCAGGUGUCUAAGGACUCGUUGAUUGAGCUUGCUGAAAAGUCCUAUGAUAGCGCUGAUUUUUUUGAAAUUAUGGAUAUGCUGGACAAGAGACUUAAUGACAAGGGUAAGUACUGGAGGCACAUUGCAAAGGCUUUGACUGUGUUGGACUACUUGAUUAGGUUUGGUAGUGAAAACUGUGUUCUCUGGUGUAAAGAGAAUUUGUACAUUAUCAAGACACUAAAGGAGUUUAGGCAUGAGGACGAUGAAGGUAUAGAUCAAGGCCAAAUUGUGAGAGUCAAAUCUAAAGAAUUAACUGCGUUACUAUCAGACGAUGAAAGGCUAAAUGAGGAAAGGAACAUGAACAUCAAGGGAAGAAACAGAAAAGGAAGAAGUAGAAGAGGAACCGGACGCAGCAGUAAUGAUAAUGAUAAUGACUUACAGAGAGCUCUCGAUGCUAGUAGAAUGACGGCAGAGGAAGACGAAAAAAGAAGAAAAAUGGAUGAGGAUUACGAAACGGCUUUGCAGUUGAGUAAAGAAGAAGAGGAGUUGAAAAGGUUGCAAGAUCUGCAAAGGAUGCAACAGUUGCAAACACAACAACAGCAACAGCCAAUGUACUAUGACAUAUUUGGUAAUCCAAUCACACCUGAGGAGUAUGCGCAGUUUCAGCUACAGCAGCAACAGCAGCUACAGCAACAGCAGUUGCAACAACAACAACCUUUGUACUACGAUGUAUUCGGAAAUCCUAUAACACCCGAAGAACUAGCACAAUUUCAGCAACAACAACAACAACAACAACAACAACAACAACAAUACUUAGCUUCGGUACAACAGCAGCAACAAGGAAUUCCCAACAACCCAUUUAGUAAGUCAGAGCAAAAAUCAGGUAUAGAAGAGCAGGGUCAAUCAUCAACUGUUGAUUCAUCAAUGCAACAACAACAACAACAACAGAAGCAACAGGAACCAUUAACUCAAACAAGGACGGGCAAUCAAUCGAUGACAGACAAAUACAAUAAAUUAAAUGAGCUACUAGCCACUGGAACAGGUAUUGACACAUUUGGAAAUGUAGGGGACGCCCGUGUUCCCGCGCAACACACAAAGACGGGAACAUUCAUCAACUCUCAAGGAACGGGAUAUAAACAAGUAUCAAAUGACCCGAAGUAUAAUCCAUUUUUAAGCGGUCAAUAUACGGGUUUACCAAGUACCAACGUUGUUCCAACCCAAACAGGUUAUGGAUUUGGUAAUCAGCCUCAACAGCAAUCUCAAAAUAACCACUUAAACAACCAAGGGUAUGCUCUCAUUGAUUUAUGA